AUGAGCGGAUCGCCGAUAUCGCUUACGGACCUCGAGCACCCAGCAUGGUGCCAGGAUGAAGAGGUUCCAGUCACAAAGGGCGAGAUCCGUGCAAUGUUUGCAGAGUUGGCGGCUAAGUUUGGGUUUCAAAAGGCAAAUCGGGAGAAUAUGUUCCAUCAUUUGAUGGCUCAGUUAGAUUCUAGGGCUAGUAGAACCAAUGGACAGAAUGCAUUAGUCUCGUUGCAUGUCUCGUAUAUCGGUGGAGAACAAGCGAAUUUCAGGAAAUGGUAUUUUGCCGCUCAGCAAGAUUUGGACGAAGAGUUAGGUUUCCAGAAUAUGGAACUACGUGGGAAAUCACGUCAAAGGAAUUUGAAGCUUGCCAAGAAACGAGGGAUUUCUAUCAAAGAGCAAAUGGAAGAAUGGAACCAGAAAGAACAGGAGUUUAUUAACAAUCAUCCAAAGAUUACGUUGACACAUGAGCAACUGCAGGAUAAGACGAGCCUACAAACAGCUAAUUACAAGUGGAAACUCAAGAUGAAACAACUGAGUCAUCAUGAGAUGGCUCGUCAAUUGAUUUUGUACCUUUUGUGUUGGGGUGAGGCUAACCAGGUGAGAUUUGCACCAGAGUGUUUGUGUUUUAUAUUCAAAUGUGCACUAGAUUAUGAUACGGCUACUGAAUGCGCCAUGCAGGAUUCGGCCCAAGAUACUGCCGUACCAGAGUUCACCUUCUUAAACGAUGUGAUAACUCCGCUGUACAAUUUUUUGAAAUUACAAGUUUAUCGUAAAAAUUCGAAAGGCAAAUGGGAAAGAAGAGACAGAGAUCAUAAAGAAGUGAUUGGUUAUGAUGACGUGAAUCAGUUGUUUUGGUACCCUGAGGGGAUUGAGAAGAUCGUUCUGCAUAAUGGUGAUAGAUUAGUCGACAAACCUUUGAAAGAGAGGUAUUUGUACUUGAAAGAUGUUGAAUGGUCCAAAGUCUUUUACAAGACUUUUAUAGAGAGUCGUGGUUGGAUGCAUUGCGUAACAAAUUUUAACAGGUUCUGGAUUAUUCAUUUGGCACCAUUUUGGUUCUUUACAUCUUUCAAUGCUCCAACUUUCUACACAAAGGAUUACGUUCAACUGCUGAAUAAUCCCCCAACACCUCAAUCAAAGCUUUCGGCGAUAGCUUUAGGCGGUACAGUAUCGUGUUUGAUUCAAAUCCUCGCCACACUUUUCGAAUGGAGAUUCGUGCCACGCCGUUGGCCAGGAGCCCAACAUCUGACAAGAAGGUUGAUUGGAUUGAUUGUUUGUCUUUUGAUCAACGUUGGACCUUCGGUGUAUAUCUUCGGUUUCUUUGACCUUGAUGUUCACUCCAAAUCAGCUUACAUUUUGUCGAUCAUUCAACUAAUUAUCGCAUUUUUGACUACUCUGUUCUUCGCGAUAAGACCAUUAGGAGGUAUGUUUGGAUCAUAUUUGAAUAGAGGGAAACAAAAGAGACGUUAUGUCUCUUCUCAGAUUUUUACUGCAUCUUUUCCUCGUCUAAGUGGAAGAAGUAAAUGGUUCUCCUAUGGGCUUUGGUUUGGUGUUUUCCUCGGUAAAUUCAUUGAGUCGUAUUUCUUCUUGACGUUAUCGUUGAGGGAUCCCAUUAGAGUACUCUCCAUUCUAGAUAUGACGAGAUGUGCUGGCGAUAAGUUGAUCGGAAGAUGGUUUUGUUCUUGGCAAUCAAAGAUAACUUUGGGAUUAAUGAUCUUCACAGAUUUGGGGCUUUUCUUCCUUGAUACUUAUCUUUGGUAUAUCAUCUGCAAUUGUGCUUUUUCCAUAAUGCUAUCAUUCUCUCUUGGUACAUCGAUUCUGACUCCCUGGAAGAACAUUUACGCAAGAUUACCAAAGAGGAUUUAUACUAAGAUUUUGGCGACUUCAGAAAUGGAUAUCAAAUACAAACCAAAGAUUCUAAUCUCACAGGUUUGGAAUGCCAUUGUCAUUUCAAUGUAUCGUGAGCAUUUAUUGUCCAUCGAACACAUCCAGAGAUUGUUGUUUCAACAGGUAGAUUCAAUGUCUCAGGAUAAGAAAAUGUUAAGGUCACCGACUUUUUUCAUUGCUCAAGAUGAUUCCACAUUCAAAUCUGUUGAAUUCUUUCCCAAAAAUUCAGAAGCCAAGAGAAGGAUCUCUUUCUUUGCUCAAUCUCUAUCAACACCCAUUAAUGAACCUGUACCGGUGGAAUGCAUGCCAACUUUCACCGUUCUUAUUCCCCACUACUCUGAGAAGAUUCUUCUUACGUUGAAAGAGGUUAUCAAGGAGGAAUCGAACAAAAGCAAGAUCACGGUACUAGAGUACUUGAAGCAACUUCAUUCUGCUGAGUGGGAUUCAUUUGUUAGAGAUACAAAACUUUUAUCUAUGGAGAAGGAUGCUACAAAAAGUAUAUGUGAUGAAAUGAAAGGCAGGGACGACGAGGUCUCUAAUAAAGGGACUUUGUCAAAAUAUAUUGAUCAUGGAAGUGUAUUUAGUGAUGAUAAAGUUGGCGAAGAUGUUGUUCAGAAGAAGAUUAGCGAUUUGCCUUAUCAUGUCUUUGGAUUCAACUCUUCUGAAGCGUCCUAUACCUUAAGGACUAGAAUAUGGGCCUCGCUCAGAUGUCAAACCUUAUAUCGGACCAUCUCAGGGUUUAUGAACUAUUCAAAAGCGAUAAAAUUACUGUACAGAAUUGAAAAUCCUUCUUUACUCCAACUUUAUGAAAAUGCUCCUGAGGCACUGGAAAACGGCUUAGAAAGCAUGGUAAAUAGGAAGUUUAGAAUGUUAGUGGCGAUGCAAAGGUAUGCGAAAUUUAACAAGGAGGAAAGAGAGGCCACUGAAUUGCUAUUCAAAGUUUAUCCAACCAUGUAUGUAUCUUAUCUUUUGGAGGAACAAUCACCCGAUGACGACGAGACGCUCUAUUAUUCAUGUUUGACGAACGGCUUUGCAGAAGUGGAUCCCGACACUGGACUACGAAAACCAUUAUUCAAAGUCAGGUUAUCCGGGAACCCUAUUCUAGGAGACGGUAAGGCAGAUAACCAAAAUCAUUCCUUAAUUUUCUACCGUGGUGAAUACAUUCAAGUGAUUGAUGCGAACCAGGAUAACUAUUUGGAAGAAUGCUUGAAGAUUCGUUCUGUACUAAGCGAGUUCGAGGAAAUGGAUGUCGAUAGCACUAUUCCGUAUAUUCCUGGUAUAGAAUACGAUGAGGAACCUCCCGCAGUGGCUAUAGUAGGUGCUAGAGAAUAUAUUUUCUCUGAAAAUAUUGGAGUUCUCGGUGAUAUUGCUGCUGGUAAGGAACAGACAUUUGGAACAUUAUUUGCAAGAACUUUGGCAGAAAUUGGUGGGAAACUUCACUAUGGACAUCCCGACUUUCUGAAUGCAAUUUUUAUGACGACUAGAGGGGGAUUGUCAAAAGCGCAAAGAAGUCUUCAUUUGAAUGAAGAUAUCUAUGCUGGUAUGAAUGCGAUGUGCCGCGGCGGGAGAAUUAAGCAUAGUGAUUAUUUUCAGUGUGGUAAAGGUAGAGACCUGGGUUUUGGUUCGAUACUAAAUUUCACAACAAAGAUUGGCGCGGGUAUGGGGGAGCAACUCUUAUCAAGAGAGUACUACUACCUCGGCACGCAGUUACCGAUUGACAGGUUUUUGUCUUUCUUCUAUGCUCACCCGGGAUUCCAUCUGAAUAACUUAUUCAUUUCGUUGUCAGUUCAGUUGUUUUUCCUAUUAUUGCUUAAUCUAGGUUCUUUAAAUCACGAAACGAUCCUUUGCAAUUACGAUAGAGACCUUCCAAUCACCAAUUUAGAAGAACCAAUAGGUUGUUAUAAUAUACAACCUGCUUUGCACUGGGUAUCAAUCUUCGUUCUCUCUAUCUUCAUUGUUUUCUUCAUAGCGUUCGCACCAUUACUGAUACAAGAACUGCUGGAGAAAGGAAUAUGGAAAGCAACAGAAAGGUUCUUCCACCAUUUAUUUUCAAUGGCGCCAUUAUUUGAGGUGUUUGUCUGUCAGGUUUACUCGAACUCGCUGUUAAGCGACCUAACUUUCGGUGGUGCCAAAUAUAUCUCCACAGGAAGAGGAUUUGCCAUAACAAGGAUUGAAUUUGCAGUUCUUUAUUCAAGGUUUGUGAACAUUGCCAUUUACUCUGGUUUGCAAGUGUUUCUAAUGCUUGUUUUUGGCAUGGUCUCAAUGUGGCAGCCUGCUUUACUAUGGUUUUGGAUAACGGUUAUCUCAAUGUGUUUUGCGCCUUUCAUCUUCAAUCCUCAUCAGUUUGUAUUCACGGAUUUCUUCAUUGACUAUCGUAAUUUUAUUCAUUGGCUGUCAUCAGGCAAUACAAAAUUUCAUAAGGAAUCAUGGAGUACUUUCACAAAGGUUUCAAGAGCAAGGUUUACCGGAUACAAGCAAAAAUUGAUUGGUGAUCUAUCGGAGGAAGGUGCAGGGGAUGCAAGGAAGGCAAAGCUUGGAAAUGUCUUGUUGGCUGAACUAUUCACCCCAUUGGUGGUCUUCCUUUUCAAUUUCACAGGGUACACUUUCAUCAAUGCGCAAACUGGUGUCCCUAGACCGGAACCUACUCAUUCGAUAAUAAGAUUGGUACUAGUCACUUUUCUUCCCAUUAUUUUGAACACGGGUUUAUUGAUGAUUUUAUUCAUGCUAUCACUGGUGGCUUUACCUCUACUCUCCUUAUGCUGCAAGAAGAGUGGUUCAGGAAUAGCAGGCGCUGCGCAUGCAUUUUCCGUUGUCGUUUAUUUGAUCGAUUUUGAAGUUAUGUGGUUCCUGGAGGGUUGGAAUUUCGCUCGAACCCUUAUCUUACUAAUUUCCACCAUUAAUUUACAUAUUCUCCUUUUCAAGACGUUUACGAUUUUGAUCCUAACGAAGGAGCACAAAAAUAACUCCUCUCACAUUGCUUGGUGGACCGGUAUUUGGUACAAUACGGGAAUGGGAUGGUCUAUUAUUUUACAACCCAUCCGUGAGUUUUCUGUCAAGAUCAUGGAGUCAAGCUACUUCGCUGGUGAUUUUUUCCUAUCUCACCUCCUCCUUUACGCACAAACACCCCUCAUCUUAAUACCCUUCAUCGAUCGUUGGCACUCAAUGGUACUUUUUUGGCUAAAACCAACCAGUAUUAUCACAAGUAAAAGAAUCUUCACCAGGAAACAACGUAAACGCAGAAACAACAUAGUCAGGAAAUAUUUUAUCCUGUAUUUUGGUUUAUUGAGCAUUCUUCUUGCUCUAAUCAUAGCGCCAUUCUUUGCCAAACAACUAGUUGACGAUCCUGCAAGAAUGUUAACAGGGUCCCCAUUUAGUGGCGUCAUUCAGCCGAAUCGCCAAAAUAACAAUGAUACGGGUCCAAAUGCUCCAAUGACUAUCCUAACGACAACGCCUCCUUUCCCGCGUUUCAAGACAGUUCCGUAG